CCGAAUGGUUUUGGGGAGUGAAAGGUUGGAAGGGUAGAAGUGACCUGGGGAAGAGGAAGAAGCGAUGUCGGCAGUUGCUCCAAAGGGAAAGGAAAAAGUCGAGAUGCGAAAAACGCCAAGCAUCGAUAAAAUUCGGCCCUCUUCCGCCGCCCUUUCGUUCCGGCCCAGUGUCGCGCCGCUCGGCAGUGUGUACAGCGCCUACAGCAAAUAAUCAACGCUUGCCUUCAGUUCAUUGCAUCGGAUUGGCAAUCAGUCGUGUACCUUAUCGCGUUUACCGAGAAGUCAGUCCGGAAUUGUCCUUUAAUCAGCAAAGCGCCUUUGCGCAGCAACAACAUCCUCCGCGAGAAGUUACACCAAGAUGAACGCAUCGUUUGUGAGUGCCCUGACGAGGGCGCUGCCGUCGAUCGGCAGACCUCUUCAGCUUCGGAUUUCUCCUCUCAGUUCGAUAAGGUCAUUCUCAUCAACUCCGGCGAAACCGGCGAACACCUCUGGAGAGGCCCGUGAUUUGGAGAGGCAGAUCCUGGGCAUAAAACCCAAGGUCGCUAACUCCGACAACCAACACUCUGCGCUCGAUGAACUCUUCGGUUCUACAAGCCUCCGGUCUUCUGAGAAGACAACUUACAGCUUCCAGAAGUUGCAAGGUAGCCUGGAAGCCGAAAUGGUCGGACAACCUUAUGUCGACCGGUCUCCCCCCUACAAUCUCCAUGUUUAUGCCCACAAGCACAACACGAUCUUGACUUUAACUCGACCCAAUGGCAACCCGAUGUUGUCUCUCAGCUGUGGUCAUCUUGGUUUCCGCAAAGGUGGACGUUCUGGUUUCGACCCGGCAUUCCAGUUGACCUCUCAUUUCUUUGCCCAGAUGCAGGAACGGGGCUACAUGGUGGAAAUCAAACGCAUGACACUCAUUUUCCGCGACUUCGGACUUGGCCGGGAUGCUUUCACCAAAGUCUUGCUGGGUAACGAGGGGAAGCACAUCCGAGGCACGAUCUGUCGCGUAUCGGAUUCCACCCGCGUCAAGUUUGGUGGAACGAGAAGCAGACAUGUACGGAGACUGGGUUAGGAGAAUCGCCGCUUUAGGAGUUCUGUCUGGAGCUAUAUGUUUUUACUCGAAGCAAAAUAUCAGGGUACGGAUUAGCUAGCGGGGAAAGAGCAAGGGUACAAUUCUGUGAUACACCAGGUCUGUAUGCCGGUGGAGUUCUUUGGAUCGAGAAGAGCGUCUCUUCUCAGCGCUUGCAACGAGAUCGGCUGCAGGCUCACAGCACUGAAACUAUCACCGGCUCGACAACUCGAUCGGGAGACGAUGAGGCCUUGCGCUACCCACGAUGUUCUCUUUUCGCCUAUUUCGCCUUAUUCGCCUAUGUAUACUAUCUAUUGUCAGCCUAUUACUGCGACUUGGGACAUCUUUCUAUAUGAAUCACACCAAUAAGAACCGUG